AUGUCUCUCAAGGAUAAAGUUAUCGCCGUUACUGGAGCGGCGUCUGGGAUAGGCCUUGAAACCACCCGUCUUUUUGCCAGCAAAGGAGCCAAGCUUGCACUCGCCGACGUACAAGAAAAGCCGUUGAGAGACCUUGAAAGCGAGCUUCGGACAGCUGGUGCACAAGUCAUGAUCCAGGUUGUCGACGUCAGCAAACGUGCCGACGUAGAAAGCUGGAUCGCAAACACAGUCGAGAAGUUCGGAAAGCUGGAUGGUGCAGCCAACCUUGCAGGUGUAACUGGUCGGCAAAGUGCUGUCGCCAACAUUGAAGAUGUAGAAGACGACGACUGGGAAUUUAUCAUGGGAGUAAACGUUACGGGUCUGCGGAACUGUCUGCGCGCUCAGGUGCCGCACAUGAAGGAAGGAAGCUCUAUCGUCAACGCAUCCAGUAUACUGGGUCUCAUUGGCGCGCCAAAACAGCUGGCAUAUUGCGCCUCCAAACAUGCUGUUGUCGGAAUGACAAGGAGCGCGGCAAAAGAGCUAGGACCAAAGAAGAUCAGGGUGAACUGCUUCUGCCCAGGACCAGUCGACACCCCAAUGCUGCGAAAAGCGUACGAAAAUCUAGGCGGGCCUGUCGAUUAUUCAUUCCUUCCACUUGGAAGAACUGCACACCAAACGGAGAUUCCACCGCUUAUCGAAUUUCUGAUAUCGGGCGCUUCUUCAUUCAUGACUGGGACGGCUACACCAAUUGAUGGCGGGUGGUACUGCUAG